UUUUUUUUUUUUUUUUUUUUUUUAAAUUCCGUACCAUGACGUCUGGUACCGAGGAAGUAAAAGGAGAAGAGGCGGUGUCUAUCAAUUAUAUUGCUAAACUGUCAGAGUUUGCGGAUAAGCAUAUUUCUUUUGUUCGGACAAGCAAAUUUUGCAGUGCUUUAGAAAUACCGGUGGAAUUUAUAGAAAAAAAUGUUAAGCUUCGAGGGAGAGUAAACAAUAUAACAGAAAAAGGAUUGGAAGUUGAACAUAUUCCUAUCCACCUUCCUUUGAUUUCAGCACUGCAUAGGAAAACGCCAUCACAUGGUGACCUACUAAUUAGAUUGGCUGGAGUGGAGCCAACAGCUGAUGGUAGACUUUGGCUGAAAGAAAAGCUGAAACCUUCACAGAUGAUUUGGUUCAGACUUAUAAGAAGGGAACAUUCUGCACUUGAUUGCCUUAUUUUGAUAAACCAGGGUGGUCUUUUCAGUGUUUGCCUUAAUGAAGAACUCUUGAAUUUGGGGCUUGGCAGAACAGCUCCCAUUGAAGGACUACAUUAUAGUUCCAAGUUGUACUGGAAACUACAUAAAAGAUUGCUCCAGGCAGAAAUGAAAGCUCAAAAGAAGGGUAGAGGCAUUUGGAAAGAGAGCACAUAUUGGGAUUUUUUUGUUUCAGAUAGCUUCAAACGUUUUGCAGUUGUUCAACAGUUAAAAAAGUUUUUUGCUUGGAUCAAACUGCAGAUUCAAAAGUGAAAAACUUUAUCUUUCAUAGAAUGCUGCCAAAUUGAAUUUGAGGAACAAAGAACUUAUGCAUGUUUACUUCAGCUGCAAUAACUUAAUUUUUAUUUAGCUUUAUUUUAAUUACCUGGUGCUUCUUUCUGUGUGUAAACCUUGUUUUACGUUAACAAAACUUAAGUGAUAACUGAAUGAAGAGCACAAGCAACAGAACUGUAUUUGAUAUUAAAACAAUCUUCACGCAUUGUUGAAUAAUGAGGAGAGACCAGAUGAGAGCUGAGUCAACAGUAAGCUGAUUUUAUAGUCUUGGAUUGAUGAGGAACUCUCUAAGAAUUGUGACAUUAUGGAUGAUAUGUAAAUUUUACUCUGCCCAUAAGCUAGCUUGUGUGAAUUUGUCUUCUGUGAAAAUAAGGUAUACAUUGGGACUGGAUAGCCCAGAAAUAAGAUUGGUUUUGUAAUUGUUAGCAGUCAGUUAUUCAUUUCAUGUCUGCCUUUUUGGCUGUUAUAUGUAUGGUAGCAUUAUAGUUUUGAUUAACAUUACAGCAACAUAGAAUUGGGAGCAAAAGUAAAGAAAUACACUGUUGUAAAUAUGUUUAUAUUGCACUAAAACAUUCAGCAUGUUGAAAAAAAUUGAUCUGAUGUCAAUUUUCAUUCAGUCAUUCCUCAACUGAUGGGUUCAGAUCCAAUACUUGGAUCCAAUUUGGCCAUUACGAUAGCUCGUGGCUUCCAACAAACUCUCAAGCUCCUUCCUUACCCAUAAUGCACUGUCCCUAACAUAUCGCAGAUCUCACUUGCUGCUUUCGCUUCUAGAUGUGCUCGCCAUCAGCUCUCAGACUAGUUAUUAAAGAUAAGUGAAUUUCUGAUUUUUUAUCCUUCAAACCUUAAUUUUUGAAAAGUUCCUUGUCUUUAAAAAGUUUAUCCAAUUUCCUUAAGUGUUCUUUCGCUUCUUUAAACUUGACAGUGCAAUCUUUACUGCUAUUGUUGCUAGGCCUCUCCUUCCCUUUCUUUUUUCUCUACAAGAGUCUUGUAGCCCUAUGCUGUCAUAAUUGAUAGUUAACUUUUCCUUAUUUCCUUUUGCUGCCUAAAAUAUGCUAGUACAUUCUUACUAGCUUUUUUUUCAGUUACUGUUGGUUAUAGAUAUUUGCAUUACACCAUGUUUGAAAAAAGAUAAAAAAAAUGUGAGAAAUGUGAGCAUAAGAUGCUUUUCUCGGAUGCUCAUACUCUUUGUGUUUAUUGUUUAGGGUCUAAACAUCUUAACCAAGAUUGUGACAUUUGUCGUGGGUUCAACCCAGAGCUUUGGCUGAUAGAAGAAACAAUAAUUUUAAAGGGUUUUUUUACCAACUCCUUUUUCUAAAGCCAAUUCUGGAGUUCAGACUCCUAAGAUUAAAGCUAAGGACCCUUCAAAAUGGUCCAGAUCUUCAGAUUCCCAGGCAUCUUCUUCCUUGGAACUGAGGAAAAAGAAGGAAAAAAUUGGAUCCAAAGUCACUUGAGAUCCAAUCAUCUUUGGAUCGGACCAGAUAUGUUUCAAGUUUUAUAGCCUCUGAGCCGAAUAAACAUACUCCAGAUCCAACAUCCUUAGAUCCUAAGACAUUAGCAAGGUCUAUUUGCCCAGGCUGGAUCUGGUCCCUUCCAGGGUGCCUCCCCAUUUUUAGAGAGGCACUCAAAAUCACUUUUGGUGGUAUCCUGUUGUUCCUCCAAGAGUCUUAUGGAAGCAGAUAUGGAAAGGAUGAUGACAUUUUUCACGGAGCAAAUUCAGAAGGGAGGUCUCACGGUUCCUACCCAUUCAGGUCAGGAACACCUUCCAUCUACAACUCUACCAAUAACAACUCCUUCUUGGACUCAACCUGUGGUUUUAGAGUCUUUGGAUCUGAGUGUUCCGGGCCCUUUGGGGCCAGAUGCAAAGAGAGUAUUGUCUUCGGAUCUGACUGUUACUCUGAGUACACCAGCUCCAGCAUUUUCGGAUCUGGAUGACUGUCUGAGCUGAAGCAUCCAGGUCUGAUCUGAGGAGAUAGGAUCGACUCUGAAGUUUUUGGAGCUGUCUCUUCCUGUUGAAACUUCGGCACUGGAUAGCUCAGCUCUGAUUUCCACCUUCAGUGGAUUGCUCUCAGAGUGGUGGGAGGUGCCAGAAACUUGUUUUCUCAGCUCCGUUGACUUCCUUCUCUCCUGAACGGUCUGCUUUUGAAGUUGUGAAGAGGGUUUUCUCUGCUCUUGCAGGUCGGACAGGUCCUUCCACCUCAUAUUCACCCUCAAUGUCUCAGAUGACUUUGUACCAUGAUCCUCAACAUUCUACCCCAGAGGGACGGCCUUCCCAAAGCUUCCAGUCCACCUAGCAGGGUGCUGUCAUUUCUUCUAAUACUUCUCCAGUUCACCCCACCGAAGAAGUCCCUAGGAGGAGGAAGUGCAAGAGGAGGCACUUGGACUCUCCACAAGUGUCUAUCACUGUGGAUACUGACUUUGAUGAGGGGGAAGGGUCUCUCAAAUUACCUCCCAAUGACAUCUCAUUUGAAGACAUUCUUGAUAUCCUUAAAAGUUGGCUGCUCUGCCCAAAAUCCUACUCUUGAAGAGUCAGUAUUUCUGUAAGCUUUUGGGACAGGCCCGUCUACUUCCUGGGUUACUCUACCCACUAAUAAACGCAUUGAUUUGGAUUUUAGGCAGCCAUGGAAAGAACCUGAUACAAUUGAGCCAAUCCCUAAGAGAUCAGACAGGAUUAUGGCUCCACCAGCAGGAAGAGAUUACUGGAGUAAAGGGGUACCACUUGAUGCAAUAGUCAUGGCAGCAGCUACAAAGAAGGAACUCGUGGGACACAGUUCCACUGUCCAUCCCCCUAAUAGAGAAUCUAGGGAACGGGACAGAUUUGGUAAGUGAGUUUAUGCUUCAGCAACUUUUACUGCCAGAUUGCUGAACUACUUGGCACACUUUACAAGACUGCAAAGAAAUUUGAUUUAAAGAACUAUCAAAAUAUCUUUCUGGUACUGAGACUGCUGAGACUCGACCUUCAGUAGUCUCUCAAGUGGCUACCUUUCAAGCUAUAUCCAGUUCGUCCAUGAGGCUCAUCUCACACACUGCAGAAGGCAUCUCAAGGGCUGCUGGUUCAAGUAUUUCCAUCAGGAGGCAUGCCUGGAUGUGCCUGUGUGAUUUUGUGGAGCUCCUCAAGUCAUCAUUCAUCACUGCUCCUUUUGACAGCUCUUCUUUGUUUGGCCCCACUCUAAAAGACACACUCUUCAGGUGUGAGAAAGAUGGAAAGAGCCUUUCUGCAGUGGGUGUGUGUUUUUCGACCCCUCAAAGGACCUUUUCCAGGAAUCAAUGGAGACAUUGAAAGUCGUAGUUCAGGAUGUCUCAGGGUCCUUUCCAGGACACAGACAUGGAGGUAGCUCCCCCAGAGGCAGAGGGGAAGCGAUAAUGGUAGAAGAUGCCCCCAUGGCAGUGGAAGCCUACAAAACUGAGGGUCUUGAGAUUCCUUUUCUGACAGACCCUUUCAGUAUGCCUGAAGGGAGGCCUGAUUGCAUUCCUCUGGAGGCAUGCAGGGAUCACUUAUCUCUGCACCUGGAAGCCUGGUUAAACAUAACAAAAGACACUUGAGUGCAGAGAAUUAUUUCCAGAAGUUAUGUUAUUUCCUUUUCCCUACCACCUCUGUUGUCCAGAAAAAUAUCAGUGUUCCACCCAAACAGAGGCACGCAGCAGCACUAGAAAUUUAAAAGCUGCUAGAAAAAAGAAUCAUCCAAAAGGUCCCACCAAACCAAAUAGAAUCUCGAACUUACUCAAGAUUUGUUUUAGUGCCACAGAAGACAGGGGACUGAAGACCAAUGUUAGAUCUCAGUGUGUUGAACAAAUCUGUUCAACACACCAAGUUCGGAUGGUCAUGGUUCAGUCCAUUCUGCUAUUUCUGAGCAAGGAUGACUGGAUGUGCUCAAUAGACCUUCAGGAUGCUUACUAUCACAUAAAAAAUGGACAGGCGAUCCAGAAGGUACUUACACUUUCAUCUGAGAGCCAGUCACUUUCAGUUGAGAGCACUGCACUUUGCCCUCACCACAGUCCCCAGGGUGUUCACCAAGUCUAAGGCAAUGGUAGCAGCUCACUUGAGACUGCGAGGAUUCCAGGUGUUUCCAUAUUUAGACAACUGGCUUAUUACCACCUCGACCAGGCAUCAGUUGAUACAAGCACGGGAUCAAGUGUAGCAGACUUGUUCAAAUCUUGGAAUAACCAUCAGUUACAACAAUUCUCAGUUACAACCAUCUGAGAUAUUGGAAUUCAUUGGAGCAGUGUUCAGUACGGCAUCUCUGGUAGCAUCUCUUCCUGUUUCAAGAUGACAGACAAUAAGGAAGCAGGUCAGGAAAAUAAUUUGCAGUACCAGAAUUUCAGCCCAGUUGAUUCUGUAAGCCCUGGGAUCAAUGUCAGUAGCAAUAAUUUUAGUUCCUUUAGCAAGAUAUCACAUGAGAAUUCUGCAGUGGAUGCUAGCAAUACAAUGGUCAAUGCUGUAGGCUAAGAUAAGAAUAACUCAUGUAUGCAAAUGGUAUCUUUCCUGGUGAAUGCAGUUGCAACAGCUGUUACAAGGUCAUCAUUUCAUUCUCUCUCAGCCCAAAUCCAUAGUGACCAUGUACACUUCUCAGAUUGGGUGGGGGAGGCAUUUUCUGGGGAAGACGAUCCAAGGCACUUGGUCCCCCAAAGAGGCCAACUUGCAUAUCAAUGUUCUGGAAAUGAGAGUGGUGCUUUUGGUGAUGCAAGCAUUCCAAGACUCCCUCCCUCACAGGGCAAAUGCAUUCCAAAUGACAACGUCAGUCAUUUAGUAUAUCAACAAACAUGGGGGAACCAGAUCUUAUUCUGUGUGUCGAGAAGCCCUCAGAGUGUGGCAAUGGGCAAUUUCUUCCAACUGCUUUCUAAUAGCAAUGCAUAUUCUGGAGAAGUCCAUUGUGUAAAAGUGGACAAAUUGAGCAGGUCCAUCUUGCUGCCUCAUGAGUGGUCUCCAACAACAAAGUGAUGGAAAUGAUUUUCAAGCAGUGGGGCUGACCCUGCUGCAGUGUUUUUGCCCAUCCCCUAAACAAGUGCAGCAGCUUCUUUGCCAUGAUCCCGCCACUGGGGGAAUCACCAAGGGAUGCUGUACUCCAAGAUUGGCCCCCCAGUCUUCUGUAUGCUUAUUCUCCGUAUCCCCUCAUUCCCAAAUUCCUUCAGAAAGCAGUCAGAUUGAAGAGCAAAGUCAUCCUUUUUGCACCUUACUGGCCAUGACAGGUUUGGUUUCCCUUCCUUUGGCCUAAUCUUCUAUGCCCACCUUGGAUUCUGGAUCCAGUACCAGGCCUUCUGUCUCACCCAACAGCCGUGGUUCACCCAGAUAUCUCAAACCCCAAACUAAUGGCAUGGUUUCUCCAAUUCCUUUAAUAGCCAAGCAACAGAUGCUUUCUUCCCCUGUUCGUUCCAUACCUUUAUCUUCCCACAAAUCUUCUGUUAGGAAACUUUAUAGGAGUAAAUGGAGAAGUUUCAUUUAUUGAGCAGAGCAAAAUCAGACCCCUUCUCAGGUCCAGUUCAUUCUGUUCUUGAAUUUUUUAGGGAGUUUGUUUAAUGAAGACAUUAGUUCAUCAACUAUUAAAGUUAACUCACAGCAAUCUCUAACUUGAUUAUAGGAAUUCAAAAUUCUUCCAUGGCUUCCUUUAAAUUAUGCAAAGCCGAAAGGUACUUUUUCUGUUAACACCUCCUUAUAACGACCCCAUACCACCAUGGGAUUUAAAUUUAGUACUGAAAGCCUUAAUACAUUCUCUCUUUGAACCUGCAGCUAAAUGUGAUCUAAAAUUUUUGACCUGAAAAUCUGUAUUUUUAGUUGCAAUUACAUCUGCUAGAAGAAUUUCAGAACUUCAAGCAUUAUCUCCUAAGCCUACAUACUUGAUUUUUCAUAAGGACAGGUUCACCUUAAGUACUAAUGCUUCCUUCUUGUGUAAGGUGGUGUCAGAAUCCAACACUAACCAAUCCAUUAACCUGCCAGUUUUCUUCCCACAUUUUACAAAGAAAUGAGAAUAUAUGCUGCACUUACUGGAUGCUCUUAGACAAUUGCAUCUCUGCACAGAACAAAAGAUGUUAGAAAGAUAGAUAAGUUAUUUGUUUUCUUUGCACAUAAAAAGUUGGGCGAAUCAGUCACAAUGGUAACUAACCAGAUGAUUGACGGAUUGCAUUUAUUUUGUCUGUAACAAAUUGAAUCUACCUGUACCAAAACCAUUAAAGACGCAUUCAACCAGA